AUUAAAAAACAUGGAAACAUUGUAUCAUCAAACAAACAAAUUAGUCCAAGACACACAGCAUCUUUUCUCACAACUUGAGAGAACGUCGCCUAACCUGAACAUACAGGAAAUAGAAGACAAUAUUGAAUCAAAAAUAAAUCUUAUCAACAGCAAUUGCGAAAGACUAGAUAUACUGUGCCUUAAAGGCCCUACAUUUCAAAGACAAAAUGCUAAAAUGAGAGUAGAUCAAUUGAAGUAUGACAGCCGUCAUCUGACAGCUGCUUUAAAUUCUUGGCGCAGAAAAGUGUUAAUGAAACAAAGGGAAGAAGCAGAAAGGGAAGCAUUAUUGUCGAGAAAAUUUACUACAAAUGCUCAAGUUGACAUUAUGAUAGACCACAAUGUGCAACAUAAUUCUAGCUUACAAAAUGCAAUUCAUGGAGUAGAUGAUCUCCUUCAAAGUGGGAGUAAUAUUUUAGAUAACUUGAGAUCACAAAGGAUAACUUUGAAAGGAGCUCACAGACGAUUAAUAGAUAUUGGAAAUACUCUAGGACUUUCAAAUACAACAAUGAGGCUAAUAGAACACAGAACAAAACAAGAUGGAUUUAUUUUAGUUGGUGGAAUGUUAUUCACUAUCAUUGUUAUUAUUUUAGUUAUAAUUUAUCUUACAUAGGAACCAAUUUGUUAAUAAUGUUAAAUGCUUCAUAUUUCAUGCACUAUAUUGAGUGUUGCAUUGUAAAAAUAAAAUUUAUAAUUAUUUUUAAUUAUACACUGUAACACUUGUAUUUGUACAUAA